UGUAAUACCAGAAUUGAUCCGUCAAGUAAAACUCAGAAUAUCGACUGUUGGGUUAGGAAAGUAAAUGAAUGUGCUUUAAUCUAUGAAUGGGACGAGAAGCAGACCAUACAUUUUGCUCUGCAGAAACUGUCUGGCUUGGCAAAGAAGUGGUUCAAAGCCCUUCCUAGCGUUGUUUUCAAUUGGUCAGAGUGGCAGGACAAACUUACAAGAGCUUUCCCAAAUGAGCAAAAUUAUGGUCGGCUUCUCGAAGAAAUGUUAUCUCGCAGUACUCGUAGUAACGAAAGUUUACGUGAGUACUUCUACGAUAAGUCGAACAGAUGUGAAAUAAGAGGCAAAAAGGCCGUCGAUUGUAUUAUCCACGGAAUACUAGAUACAUCUAUUAGAAGCAGUGCACAGGCACUGACUUGUAGCGAACCGGAAGACUUGUUGAAUUUUCUAAGCUCCCAACGUCCUGUGUUAGAAAAUAAAACAUUCGAUAGGAAACGUAGCGAUAAUACGAUAGUUCGAACGGGUAACACUGUAUCAUCCUCAGGUGAAAGUCUGUUAACUUGUUUCAAUUGCCGCUCAAAGGGACACCCUUACCUUCGAUGCCCUAAACCUCUUACGAAAUGUGUAAAAUGCCAUCGGGUAGGCCACAACAGCGAUAAUUGUAAACUAGAGCCGUUGAUCUUGCGAAAUGAGCCUAAACAAACGGAUAACCAGGAUAGAAAAAUUUUAACUAUAUCUACCCUCAAUAACAACAGCGACAAAUUUUACAAAACGGUUAAGGUAAAUGAUAAGUCUUUAACUGCAUUUAUUGAUUUCGGCAGUGAAUGUAGUUUAAUCAGGGAAUCUGAUGCUCAAAGUCUGAAUUUAACUAAAAACUCAACGGAGUUGCCAGUAAUCAAAGGGUUCGGGAACUCUAAAGUAUUUCCAGUAUAUAGGACCAACGUCGAUUUGAAAUUAGAUGAAGUUGAGGUUAAUGUAGAGGUACUGGUGGUUAGCAAUCAUUUCCUUCAGUCGGCUUUACUUAUUGGUCAAAAUGUUACUGAACUUCCUUGUGUUACAGUAUUUAAGAAUAGUCGUCAGUUAACUUUUUACCAGAGCCCUGAUAUCGAUACCAUACCAGAGCCGGUAAAAUGUUUGAAGUUAAAUCUUGAUAACGAUACCGACAUUUCAUUAUCACGGUUAGUUGAAGCUACCGCAUCUGACGCUGACUUCUGUGGAGAUAUUUAUAUUGAAGGUUAUUGUAAUGGUGAGCCUAGGAAAGAGCAUUAUUUGCACCAGGGAAUUUAUAGGGUUGUUGAUGGAAAGUGCUAUUUGCCCGUGACAAAUUUAUCUGGUCAAAAUCUCACAUUAUCCCAGAAAUGCCCUAUUGCUAAAGGAACUUGUUUUGUUGAAAAAGAUAGUACCUAUGUAAAUAAAGUAACCAAAAAUAAUUCGGAAUAUGAGCCUUUACUAAUAUCUGAUAUAAAUGUUGGUCCCCAAGUUAACAAAGAGGCAUUAGUUAGACUUCAUUCGCUUUUACUCAAUUAUCGAGAUUGCUUUGCAUUUAAUUUAGGAGAAAUAGGUUGUAUCAGCUCAACUAAAAUGAAAAUAGACUUAUUGGAUGACAAACCUGUAGUUUACCGACCGUAUAGAUUAUGUUUUUCGGAAAGAGGUCAGGUUAAGGAGAUAAUAAAUGACUUGUUGCAAAAUGAUAUUAUACAAGAGUCUAAUUCAAAUUAUGCCAGUCCUAUUUUAUUGAACGUACAUGAAGUCCGUCAGUUUUUGGGACUAGCAGGAUAUUUUAGAAAAUUUAUCAAAAGUUUCGGUGAGAUAGCCAGGCCUCUUACCAACUUACUCAAGAAGGUAUAGAAUAC